AGGCUCGUGAGGCGGUAGAAAUGCGUGCACAGUUAGAAAAGAAAGUCGCUCAACGAGAGAAGGAAAAGCAGGAAGACAAGUUAAGGAAAUUGGCGCAAAAAGCUCGCGACGCCAGGGCUGGAAUACAGAAUGCAUCCGAUAAAUCUCAUGAUGAAAAGGAACGCGACCAAAUGCGAUAUGAAAGACAUAAAGAUCGAGAAAAAGAACGAAGAAUUGCUAAAGCCGCACCUGAUAAAAGGUAAGCUAACCAGAUCUAUUCAGACGUGAUGUCACAACACAUGAUUCCACGUAAUUGUUUGAAAUCCGCCAUUUUGAGUGGCAAAUGCUUAAUGUUAAAUUAAAACAUACUCGGAGUCGAUGAGCCGUCAAAGUUUCGCAGGUUUGCUUCGGUAUAGAGAUGCUGUCUAUCGCCUUUAUUAAACAUGCUUAAUACAAAUUCAGAACGGCAAUUUUCUGAAGAAUUUUCUCAAGCAUGGCAUGACGUAAUAUUCCCGCGUGACUGCACACUGUUGCAGUUUAAAUCAUGGCUGUUGUUUCUGGACGAUUUCAUUUCGGUUAUACAGAAGUGUCAUUUCUUGAAAAAUUGCUCUGACUGUUGUACCGUACCAAAGUCAUCCCGCUAGCUAAACUGAACCUAGGGUUAGGAACUUAGGGAACAUACUGUAUAUUUUCUGUGCAACACUAACAACACGACACUGCAGACAAUAUUAACAUUGAUGAAGUAUGCGAAAGACAUUUUCCAAAAUUUUGAAUUUUUUAUCGCUCUGAUUUCGUCCUACUCUGAUCUGAUGGUAUUUUCUUCAGGUCGAAACUUCAACGUGAUCGGGAACGUGACGUCACAGAAAAGAUUGCUUUGGGAAUGGCGGGUGGAGGCUCACAGUCUCAAGAAGCUAUGUAUGAUCAGCGGUUGUUCAACCAAAAUAAGGUAAUGUUGUUUGAUGCCCUCUGCAAUGUAGGGCAAUUUGUAGUGCUCAGGUUAAAUCGGAUUUUACUUGCUGAAAAAACCCAGCAUCGAAUCUAAUCUUAAAUGAUAACCAUAUAAAUAAUAGACAUAGAAUGCAAACUCCUAUCGUUUCUCAGUAAAAAUUUUGUCCCCACAAAAUGGCGGAUUUGUGAGGACGUUUUGGCUCGUCCCAAUCUCGUGUGGCAAGGAAUUUCGCGCGGUUGCGGGGAGUGCGAAUUUUUUUUUUAAAAAAUAUGUUCUGGAAUUACGUUCCUUAACUUCCUUCUCGUUCCUGAUGCGUUACAAAUUUUGUGCCAAACAUGCUGUGUCCGAACGCUUCCAAAUCGUGUUUAAGAUGCAACCCACACGUUUUCAGACCGCAACUGCGACGUAAUUACGUCAGGUUAAACAUUAAACCAUGUUAAAUCGUCUUGUUCUAGGGUAUUGCAUCGGGUUUUGGCGAGGAUGACGCGUACAAUGUUUACGACAAACCCUGGCGUGACUCAGGCAGUACAGCUAACGCUGUGUACAAACCAUCAAGAAAUAAUGAUAAAGAUAUUUAUGGCGAUGACUUGGAGAAAUUGAUGAAUACAGACAGGUAGGAUCACCGGAGCAAACUAGCCUUCGAGGACAGCUUGUCUUCUCGAAAUAUACCAUUAUUUAACAAAUUUAAACAUUUUCUGUGUUGAUAUACAGUUAUAUCAACACGAGUGGAAAUUGGGAAAACGAGAACCAAUUUCCACGAGUGUUGAUAUAACUGUAUAUCAAUACGGAAAAAAUGUUUUAUAUUUGUUUUAUAAUGUAGCACAAAGAAAUAUAAAGAAAUUUUCCGACGUUUCCGUGUUGACAUUGAGUUAUAUCAACACGUCUCUCAUCCAAUCAACGUUCAGAAUUUGCAAAUGCUAUAUUAUAAUUACCAUUAUAAAACACAUCGAGUUUUCACCAGAAAGCUGAGGAUUGAGAAGGAUUCGACUACCUGCAAAUACAAUAAAACGUCGAUGUUUCAAGAGUUAAUAGCCUGACGUUCCUAACUUCCUGACGAAGGGCCUUCGCUGGCGAAACGUCGACGUUUUGCUUGUAUUUUUCAGGUAGUUGAAUCCCUAUCAAUCCGCAGCUUUCUGGUGUCUUGUCACUUCCUACGCAGACACAAACCGUUCAUGUUUAUAUCACAUUACAGGGUGUCCACGGGCCUUGAAAAUCCUAGAACGUCCUUGAAUUGGAAAAACAAAUUUCAGGACUGGAAAGUCCUUGAAAAUCAGUAGAAGUCCUUGAAAGUCCUGGAAUUAAUUUCCUUAACCUACAGCUGUGCCAGCAUUAGUGAUUUUGAUAAUAAAGUGGAUUAUUUUCAAAGAUUUUUCCCAGUUCUAGGUCCUUGAAUUUACUGAAAAAGGGUCUUGAAAGUCCCGGAAAAGUCCUUGAAUUUCACCUUCACCAAAGGGUGGACACCCCGCAUUAGGUUUUCUACUUUUUCGUCUGCUUGCCACGUUUUCGUUUCGCAUUCUCUUUACUCCUUAGUUCAGGUUUUUUUAUCAUUUCACGUUGCAGGUUUCAACCUGAUAAAGAGUUCGCGGGCACCGACCGCAAUGUACGUCGGGAUGGCCCGGUGCAGUUUGAAAGAGACGAAGAAGAUCCGUUCGGAUUGGACAAGUUUCUCACUGAAGCUAAAAGAGCAGGAAAACGAACCGCUGACGAACCAAGGGGCAGCAGGUAAUGGUUUUGUGUAUUGGUGGUUUUAGUAAGAGAUGGUAUAGGCAGCUCAGUUUAGAUCUCUAUUUAUCUGGAGCGAGUAAUUCAGUCAUUUGGCCUAUGAGAAAAGUGAAGCCAAAAUGGUGGACAUUGACGUCCCAUAGCUACAGUAUGCAGGUUGUAAACAGUUUUAAUACCAUUUUCCCCAGCUAUUUUUCUGGGAAACGGACCGCAUCGCUAAAUAAGUUACUAGUUCAUAAACCUAAUAGCGUUAUUCUUUAAAUAGAUAUCAAAAUACCAAAUUUCGCCACACUCCUUGCCCGCUUAGUCUUAACCGCGCAGACUAAAACAAUAGAAAGGGAGUGGAACUGACGUCCAACAGCUCUUCAUCCGCCAUCUUGGCUUCACUUUUUGGACUCGAGUUCUCACUCCAGAUAUAUAUAUAUAUGGAGCUCACUGGGUCAGCUUCAGAAAGGUCAAGACUUAUACGAGCGAGCAAAUUGUAGCACCAUUCACUGCAUGAUAUAGUAAAACUCCGUAUUAUAUUUGUGAAAGUACCAGGGUUCGUACAAAACUUGAAAGUCCUUGAAUUUGUAAAGAAGUGCUUGAAUGUCCUUGAAUUUUGUUGAACUGAUUUUGCAUGUUCGUAUCUGACCUCAUUAAAAAGUUCUAACGCCUUCUUCUUCAGUAUGUAGUCCUUGAAUUUGCUGAUACAUGGCCUUGAACGUCCUUGAAAAGUCCUUGAAUUUGACUCUUCCUGACAUGUACGAACCCUGAUUAGUACUGCUGUUUUACCCAGUUUAGAACUGAUAGAGGUAUCCAGUAUAAAUACAUAGUAGUUUGAACGUCGUAAUGUCUUGACAAUCCGUUAUUUUUCCUCAGGGACGCAGACAAUCGUAAACGAAGCAAGCGUUAAAUGUCUAGUAUGCUUCUGGGAGAUUGUACGGAAUUGCGAGUACAGACCUUUCAAGCACUCCAGCGUGUUCUGUGCGUGCAUCAUCGAGCCAGGACAAGAGCCGAUAUUUGAAAUGCAUUCGGCGAAAGCCAUAUUGUAGGAUAAACAUUACUUUUGAAGUUGAAGCAAAAGAAAGUCAAAGUAAAGGCCACAGAAAAGUUGACUUUGAGGGAGAAAUUGAAACUAUUCACGAUGGUUUUUUAGGUUUACAGUAUUUUUAUAAGAAGACUAACAAACAUACCCAGGGUAAAUAACAUCAGAGAAAUGUUUCAUCGUACUUCUAAAUUCAUUUGUAAAUAUCGUUUAAUAUAUCUGGGGACACAGCCUUUUCUCGACCUUUAUGAAAAGUAGACCUAGUCAGCUAACGCAUAAUAUGUACAUGUUGCCACCCAAAUCACAUUUUCUUAUACCUCACAUUAUACAAUUACUUUAUGGCUUCCGUGUUUGGAUGGCCUGAUCGAAACACGCGGGAAUGUUGCGAGAGUUAAAAAAGCGCGCGAAACACGAGCCGAAGGCGAGUGAUUUUGCGCGCUUUUCUUAACUCGAGCAAUAUUCCCAAGUGUUUGGAUCAGGCCAUCCAAACACGGAAACCAUAAAGUAAUUAUUUUAUAAAAUAACAACUUUCCGUGUUAAAAUUUCACUUUAAAAAACUUUCACUUUAAAUUUCCGUGUUUGGAUGGCCUGAUCCAAACACGGGAUUCGACCAAUCAGAGCACGCGUUAUAUACAUGUUAUUUUAUAAACCUAGUUACCAUUGUCCUGAUACGUGAGCAGAACGGAACAAAGGUAACCGUAAGUUUAACCAAAAAUUUAAAUGAUAUAUUGUGUGAAUUGAGUGGCAACACAAUCCACUAUUACAACAGUUUACGUGAACGGGACUACCUCGCGCAAAAAGGUUCAUAGUAAUUAUAGUUGUUUUUGACCUUGACGUAUACAGUGUAGUUUUGAUUUAGGCGCGUGAACAAAGCUUGCCAAAUUCAAUCACAAAUUUUUUUUAAUUACACGCGAUGACUCGUCGCAUUGGCGGGCUUUGUUCAGUUGUCGACGUUUAUGAUAUUGAAUUAUGCGCGCAUAAAUGUCGAAAACAACUAUUGCAAUCAACCUUUGCGUGAGGUGGUCGCCUAUCAUGUUAAACUGCUGUAAUAUAAAAAAAACAACUAAUGUUACCACGGAUACCACCGUGUUGUCAAAGCCACAUGUAGAAACGAUUGUUUCAAUAUUCGACCUCGAAUUGUAAAUGUGUACGAAUAAAUCUUGGAAAUAAAAAAAUAGGUACGUAAAGCGUACAUUCUCUUUAUUGUAAACAGUGAAACCAGAAAUUACACUCGGAUGACAUGGAUAAUAUAACAUUUAAUUUAUUACAAAAUUAAUCACCUAUAUAUAAUGGGUCAGUACCUACCUAUAUGAACAGCCUUUGUGAUUGAUUGGUUAGGACAAUAAAAGACAAACUAUAAUCAAACACAGACAAACUAUAUCAAUCAUAAACACUGGACACUUUUGUUUUAGAAAACCAACCACAAAAUGUGUUUAUAUGAGGUAGGUUCCUACCGUAUAUAAAUCCAGAUCCUUAGUAUACAUAAAAAUAAUCUCUAAAAACCAAGUACGCUCAAUUGUGCGUGCGAAAAUAAACCAAUAUUUAAUUGGUCAAAAUAGUGCAUACUAUUAUUAGUUAUGUAACUAGUACCCAGGUCUCUUAUGACGAGAGUCCACUGAGCUAUAAACAUAACUGUAAUAUUAUGCACUACAAAGUAUUGACAAUCAAGAGAAGUAUUUUCCACAGCCACACUGUGGUCAAAGCACUAGACAAAGUCUAACUUUGAACACACAGUUCAGAAGUGUACUGCUCAAGUCAAUCGUAAAAGCCUGUCUCACAUGAUGAAACAAGCAUGUGAAUCAGUUGUGAAACUAUUCACAAAGAAAACUCUUGUGCUUUUUAUUUCAUCCAGGUGAAAUAAAUAUGCUAUUUAUUUCAUCCAUGUAAAUUAGCAUGAAAUAAGCAUAAUCACAAGGCAUUAAUUAAACACAGGUGCACAAGUUGACACUGCUUUUCCGGCAGUUUCUGAUUCUGUCGUACAAGUUACUAAAUGAAAGCCCAAACCAAAAAAAAUACAUCUGGUUAAAAUAAAUGAAUAAUUAAUAUAUACAAAAUAUAUUAUGUUUGAGUUGUUAAAAGUAUCAAUUAAAAGUAUAAUAUCAUGAGAAUAUAUUUGACAGCAAUGUUUACCAGGUUUAUUUCAAAUUAUGUUUCCAAAAUUUGGACACUGUAUACAUGACAAGUGCACCAGUACUCGUUCCUAUGAGGACUGCCCCAGCCCAGGAGUUUAUAAAGUUCUUCACUCGUUCUCCAAAUGUUGCACCACAUGAUACAUUGUCUGUUGAAAGUUGAGCCUGGAAAUAAACAUGUAUUUUUGCCCAUUGAAUGCCUAAGUAUGAAAAAUUCCUACUGUGAUCACAGCACUUUGAUUAACCAGCCUAUAGACAUGAAAGCACGAUACUUACAACCAAUAAUUGUUGAGCAAAUUUUUCUAUUGUCAGUGUUAUGGAUGUGCCAGCUUUUCGGAAUGCAUCCACAGCUUCUGAAUGUGUUACUUCAAGUAAACUAAAGUCAUUUAUCUAAACACCAAAAACUAAUU